AUGGUUAACCUAUUAAAUAAAGCAUUUAUAAUAUUUGGAAUUGGUUUAGUUAUUUUAAAUUUAUAUAUUUAUAACUAUAUGUUUUUCUGUAGAUGGAAAUUUAAUCAAGAUGUUGAAACAACAAAUAUAAUAAUGUUAGGAGAUCCACAAAUGGAAGGUGAUUUUAGAAUAAGAAGAGAAGGAUUAAAAGGAAAAUAUAAUAUAUUUUUUAAUGAUAAUUAUUUUAAACAUAUUGUUAGUAAUAUUGAAUAUUAUUUAAAUCCAUCAAUAGUGGUUGUAUUAGGUGACUUAUUCUCAUCACAAUAUAUUAAUGAUGAAGAAUUCGCCAAGAGAACUGAUAGAUAUAGGGCUAUUUUCUCACCACUAAAGGACCACACAAAGUUAAUCAAUGUCACAGGUAAUCACGACGUUGGCUAUGCAAAUGAAGUGACAGAAGCACGUAUCAAUAGAUUCGAAUCAUCAUUUGGUAAAAUCAAUGAUAAAUUCUUUGUUGGCGGUCAUUUAAUUGGCGUUGUUAAUUCGAUUAAUUUAGAUUCAUCAUUUGAUGAGAAAUUACAAUCUGAUGCAUGGACUCAUUUAAAAGAAUUAAAACAUGAUGCAGAAUCAACUCAAUCACCAUUAAUCAUUGUAACUCAUAUACCGUUAUAUAAAGAUAUUGCUAGUAUAGAUAGAACAUUACCAAUUUAUCGUCAAUAUCCAUGGUUAUGUAGAGAAGAAUAUCAAGUUAAACAUACUCCAAACAAUCAUGUAAAAGAACAAACAAUGUUAACAAAAGAAACUACUGAUUAUAUCCUAAAUGAAAUUAAACCACUUUUCAUUUUUAAUGGUCAUGAUCAUGAUGGUUGUAUCUAUCAAUUCCCUUCAAAUCCAUCAGGUUUCAAUACAACUGAAUAUACAAUUAGGUCAAUGAUGGGUGGAUAUGGUGGUUAUUCUGCUUUAUUUGAAUUUAAAAAAAUAAAUAAUAAUAAUAAUAAUAAUAAUGAUAAAAAAGAAAUAUUUGAAUAUCAAUUCCAGUUAUGCCCAUUUUUAGAUACAAAAUAUAUAAAUAUAACGUUUGGUGUUAAUGCUGGUUGGGCAAUUUUAUUUUUACUUUUUAAUAUAAUUUAUUCUUUAUAUAAUAGAUAUUUAAUUAAAAAACAACAAGCUUUAAAAAAGAAAAAAUAA